GCAAGAAUUGUUGGAUCUUCAAUCGUUUUUUCUUUUAUCUUAUUUAUAGCUGAGGACUUCAGUCGUAUAUUUAUUCUCUUUUAAGAUUCCGGUUGUAGAAUCAAUAGGAAGCGAGCCGGAAUUUAAAAUGUUUUAUUCAGGAAUAGGAGGAAAUGCGCCAUAUCGCCACUUCAUCUCAUACUGUAAAUGAGGAAAAAGUAGAGAGAGCUAUGUAAAAGGAAUAAAGUUAAUGAAGUAGUGGUAGAGGUCAUCAUUAUUGGCUAUGAUGGAAUUGUCGUUGCAAAUUCGAAUGAAAGCCAUAAAUUUGAUUUUACAAAGAAAUAUUUAUUUGAAAUUUUAUCUACAUAUUCUCAAGAGAAAAAAUAACAAGAAACUUUGAUCUGAUAUAAAUCAAACCUUACUAAAACAGGAUUGAAAUUUAUGGUCCAUAUCAGAAUGCAGGCACAUGCGAAACUUUGGUUAAUUUCGUUAUUGAUUGAUCAUUACUCAUGCAUGAAGUCAAGAAUUUUUAAUGAAAGUUACGAGGAUUCAGAAGAAAAAAAGAAAGAAAGAAAACACAUGCAGUAAUAUAAAAGAUGGUGGGAGGUAUAUAGAAGUUGGAAUUAAUGAGAACAUAGCAAUACAAAAGUUGAAAAAUAACAAGAAUGCCUUAGGAAUAUUUAGUUUCAGCUUUUUAAUAAGGAACCAAGAUAAGAUAUGAUACAAGGGAGUACGAUUGCAGGAAUUGAGCCAACUUAUGAAAAUAUAUCGUCAGGAAAAUACAUAUUAGCAAGACCUCUAUACGUUUACAUAAAGAGAGAACACUUAAAUACCGUUGAUGGACUAAAAGAAUUCAUUAGAGAAGUUAUAGAUUCAAUCAAUACUGAAGGUGAAUACCUAUCUAAGCUCGGUCUGAUUCCACUUUUGAAUAAAGACGACAUAAAAAAAGUUGUU